AUGCCUCAGGCGAAGAAACAGAAGACCGUGCACGAUUCCGGCGUUUUCCUGGAGGAGUCGGGCAGUGAGAGCUCAGAUUCUGCUUUUGAGACGGUGCGCACCCACAAGAACGACAAAGAGAAAGGCGCAAAAAGCAAGAACAACAGCACGGAUGAGACCCAGUCAAGCAAGCCUGCAAAUCCAGCGCCGUAUGAUUACGUCUGUAUACCUCAUCCUUUCUUCGACGUAGAGGACAGGAAUUGGCUGAAUUGGACAUUGGAUCCGGACGCCUACAUCGAAGAUGAAUUGGAGGUUUUCGAAAAGCUCUACAAGCCUAUUGACGAUAAGUUCAGAAAAGACGGUGUCUUCAAAUCACCGCCGAGCAAGUUUCCGGAGCACAAAUGGGUGAUGAUGUGGGAUGCUUGGCUGAAGGUGGACUUACUAGGAAGGAAAGCCAAAUAUUGCGAUCCUGGCGGUUUCGGCAUGGAGCUAUACCAAGACUGGCAAGGAUGGGGAGUACAGGAGAUCUUGGAAAACAUGCUGAUCGAGUUCGACGAAAGCUUCCGGGCCAACGAUGACCGCAUUGAGAAGAUGUGGUCGGUGGUUAGUGCAGUGGGCCUCUGGAUGAAUUCCGAUAAAAACAUCGACGCGCUCACGAACAAUGAAGACGGCGAGACAACCUGCGAGCUUUUUGGCGUAUUGGGCUGCGCAUUACUGACUGUGCUUGCGACCAUUGAAGCAGCAGGCGAGCUCAAGCCAGAUUCCCGCUUUCUCGACUUGACUCUUGGUAUCUCAUAUUACUUGGAAUUAUCGCACGAUCUCCCUGCAUAUGGCAUUGAAGGAGAAUGUGUAGCUUGGCGCAAAGAAGCCGUCAAUUAUUUCAAGAAAGGCAAGCUCGAUCCCGAGAAGGGAUCCUAUACAACGAAGCUGCGUAUAGAGAAACUGUCCAAAGUAGGCAACUUCGAUGGUGACGACGGCGACUACAAGGAAACCAAUGGAGUUGCUGAGGAGGUCAUGACUGGGACGACGAGCUCUGAGAGACUUCAGGCUGAGAGACUUCAAGAUGAGAAAGCGACAGCGAACCCUGUCGGCAGCUCUGCUGCAAAUCCGGUCAUGAUCCCUGAAGACGACGACGCGAACAAAGAGAACGAAAACCCAGAAGCCACAGGCGACAAGGCUGUCUCUUCGCCACCAACUUCAAAUGGCAAGAGGAAGAGGGGCUUGAGCGAUGCAGAGAACGUGAAGGAUACAAACAAUGGGAAGAAAGACCCAUGGCACUGGAAUGAGAAGUUCAACACGUACAAGGAGAGGCAAGGUGAAACAUUGGGUGGUGAAAAGUAUGACAUUACCAAGAUGACCAGGGCAGACAGAGCAGCUACGUCGUUCACUGGGAAAGAUCCCCUUGCAAAAACCCCGGUGAAGUAUCUAAAGGAAAAUCUAGUGGAUAAAGCUUAG